AUGUACCGCAAAGACCAAUUUGAGGGGUCAAAUCUGAACCCUGCCUGGCUGACUCGAUUUACCAUCCUCAACGCCGCGCCUUGUAUCGCCUGCUUUGAAAUACACCCAGAAACUCUUGGUGACCUUCUGCCUAUUUACCUCUACCGGCAUCGCGAGCUUCCACUGUCAGAGAGCCAUCCGGCCGGCUUUCCCAGUCACGGCUCCGGAGAAAAGAACUGCCUUGGCCAAAGAAAGACGCAAUUUGCAUCCUGCCACUGCACCUUUGUCUAA